AGACACUUCCGGCGCCUCCCGCGGCCAUGGCGGCGCCGGGGAAGGCAGCGGCGGCGGCGGCCGCCGCGUCGCCCGGCGGCAGCGGCGGCAUCUGGGGGCGGAUCGUGGGGAGCCGCGCCGGGCGCUGGUGGCGGGCGCUGCUGCAGGACUACGCGGAGGCGGCGCGGGAGGUGGCCCACGGCGCCCGGCGCCGGCCCGGCCGGGCCGCCGGCUGCCUGGCCCUGGUGGCCGGCGUGGCCGCCUGCGGCGCUGCCGUCCCCGGCGCCGGCACCUUCGAGGCGGCUCUGCUGGAGGCCGCCGGCUCCCUGCUGCUGCUCUCGCCCCGGACCCGCAGCGGCGUCGCCGAGGGGCACGUGCAGCACCUGCUGCGGCUGCGGGACGGCGGGCGGCUGCGCUACCGCGACCUCGUGCUCCUCGCCGUGGUGUACGAGGCGCCGUUCGACGCCCAGGCCGGGCUCUACGCGGCGCGGUGCCGCUACCUGCAGCCCCGCUGGCGCGAGCUCCCGGGCCGCGUCCUCGACGUGGGCUUCUGCGGCCGCUGGUGGGUUCUGCACGCCAAGAUGAGGGACUGCGACAUCAACGAGGAGGAGUUCAGGUUCCUCCCCGAGCACCUCCGCGCCGUCUCCUUCCACCACCUCCACUCCGAGGCCAACGAGAAGCUCUUCGAGGAGAAGUACAAGCCCGUGGUGCUGACGGAGGAGCAAAUCGAGCGAGCGGAGAAAGAGCUGCCGCCGCCGGGCGCCUCGGGCCGGUGACGCGGCGCCGCCGACCGCGGACGCACGGCGGGAUGAGGCAGCAGCCAAGUGACGCUCGGGCGGGGAGCGGUCGUGGCUGCGGCACAGCUCAAUAAAGGUGGCAGAUGCCCCAA